CGCACCGACAGACGGGCCGACCGACUGACUGGCGGCGGGCCGGACAGACGGGGUAGCGCAGAAAGCUGGGAAAAGGCGGGACAGCGACAUGACAGGCCACAUACAGCAGCCUGGAGGGCGCGGGAACCCCGGCCCUACGUCCUCGCCUUCCCCGGGUCCUGUACCCGGUCCGGGCACCUCGGAGCGGGUGGCGCUCAAGAAAGAGAUCGGGCUGGUGAGCGCCUGCACCAUCAUCAUCGGGAACAUCAUUGGCUCAGGCAUCUUCAUCUCACCCAAAGGUGUCCUGGAACACUCGGGCUCCGUGGGUUUGGCCCUCUUCGUCUGGGUCCUGGGUGGGAGCGUGACGGCUCUGGGCUCACUCUGCUAUGCAGAGCUGGGUGUCGCCAUCCCCAAGUCUGGUGGGGACUACGCCUACGUCACUGAGAUCUUUGGGGGCCUGGCUGGAUUCUUGCUGCUCUGGAGUGCUGUGCUCAUCAUGUACCCCACCAGCCUGGCUGUCAUCUCCAUGACCUUCUCCAACUACGUGCUUCAGCCCGUCUUCCCCAACUGCAUCCCCCCAGCCACAGCCUCCCGAGUGCUCUCCAUGGCCUGCCUGAUGCUCCUGACGUGGGUGAACAGCUCCAGUGUUCGCUGGGCCACGCGGAUCCAGGAUAUCUUCACUGGCGGGAAGCUGCUGGCCCUGGCACUCAUCAUUGGUGUUGGCUUUGUCCAGUUCUUCCGAGGACACUUCGAAGAGCUGAGGCCCACCAACGCCUUCACCUUCUGGAUGACACCAUCUGUGGGCCACCUUGCCCUGGCUUUCCUGCAAGGCUCCUUUGCCUUCAGUGGCUGGAACUUCCUCAACUAUGUCACCGAGGAGCUGGUUGACCCUCGCAAAAACCUACCUCGUGCCAUCUUCAUUUCCAUCCCGUUGGUCACCUUUGUGUACACAUUCACCAACGUUGCCUACUUCACUGCCAUGUCCCCCCAGGAGUUGCUGUCUUCCAACGCAGUGGCUGUGACCUUUGGCGAGAAGCUGUUGGGCUACUUCGCGUGGGUCAUGCCUGUCUCUGUGGCACUAUCGACUUUUGGAGGGAUCAAUGGCUACCUGUUCACCUCAUCCAGGCUAUGCUUCUCUGGAGCCCGAGAGGGACACUUACCCAGCUUGCUGGCCAUGAUCCAUGUCAGACGCUGUACCCCAAUCCCUGCCCUCCUCGUCUGUCCCGCAGGGAUGGCCAGAAGCAGGUGGGAGGCCAGCCGUCAGCCCUCGGUCCUCUCCCAGUGCGGGGCCACAGCGGUCAUCAUGCUCGUGGGUGACACAUACACACUCAUCAACUAUGUGUCCUUCAUCAACUACCUCUGCUACGGAGUCACUAUCCUGGGCCUGCUUGUGCUGCGCUGGAGGCGGCCAGCACUCCACAGGCCCAUCAAGGUGAACCUCCUCAUUCCUGUUGCGUACUUGGUGUUCUGGGCAUUCCUACUGGUCUUCAGCUUCAUCUCGGAGCCCAUGGUCUGUGGGGUCGGCGUCAUCAUCAUCCUCACUGGGGUCCCCAUCUUCUUCCUGGGAGUAUUCUGGAGAAGCAAACCAAAGUGUGUGCACAGACUGACAGAGUCCAUGACACGCUGGGGCCAGGAGCUGUGUUUCGUGGUUUACCCCCAGGGCUCCCUGGAGGAAGAGGAAAAUGGCCCCAUGGGCCAGCCCUCUCCAAUGCCCAUCACGGACAAGCCCUUGAAGACACAAUGAGACCGUGCA